GUACAACAUACUUCCUCAAGCGCAUUAAUUUGAUAUUUCGUCAAAAUCAUAAUUGAGUCUUAUAGGUGAUCAAGUAUCAAAUAAGUCAAUGGAGGAUAAUAAAUCUAGUAAAUUGCUCUUUUCUUAAUGCAGUAUUUGCUCUCAGCUGGGGCAAUACCUUCUCCAGCUGCUCGCAGGAGAAAGGACUAUGUUUCUGCACCAACGUUUCCGUAGAUGAGUUCCACGGCACCUCUGUUGAACACGAUGAUUGUUCAAUCCGUAUCCGCUCUUGUGUUUUCAGUUUUAAUUGGAUUCUUUGUGUAUAGAUAUCGGGUUUUGGAUAGCAGUGAGAUUGAACAGGAGAUUAUAUUAUCGUGGUCAGAGAGUAUAUCAUUGCCAAAGAAUCCGUUCAAUGAUUUGCUUGUUGGAAUAAACUCCAAUGUUGAUCUCAUUGUUCCUGGUGUUGAGCUACUUCUAAAGUUAAAUGUUACUCCUGGGAAUUACUUCAACCAUGACCAGCUGUAUUCAUUGGAUCACCUACAAGAAACCUUCUCCUAUUUCUUCAGGAAGGGCUCAGCUGCAGAAAGAGCUUUUAUGGAUGUUGAUCUCUUUGGGAAAAUUGUCUCAGAGGCAGAAAAACUGUCUAAUCCACACUUUUACAUUGGAGGCAAUGCAGCUUUGAUGGGAAGUAAAAUAGCAAAUGAAUUUCCAAAUGUAAAGCUGCAUUUAGUUGGACCUGUAGGGCCAAAGUUACUGAAACUGCUUCCAUCUUCCAUAAUUGUUCCCAAGAUUAGCCACAUAGCAAAAGAUGAAGUUCAUCUAAUAAUGGAAUACCAACCAGGUGAAUUGUGGGGAAAUCACACAGCUCCAGUGGCUACCAGAUUCAUCACCAGCUAUGAUGAAUCAAACUCAAAAGCAACAAUGAUAGAAGCCUUCUUUCAAUACACUGAAAAUUUUCACCCCGACUUAAUCAUACUCUCUGGACUUCAUUUAUUAGAAGGACAAUCAGCAGCUUUUUUUAAUCAGAAGUUGUCAUUUAUUCAAAGUGAACUGGACAAAGUUCCGAAGCAGACACCUGUUCAUUUAGAACUGGCAAGCAUGGCUAAUAAGAAGUUCGUCAAAGAAAUUGCCCUUCAGGUUCUUUCGAAGAUAUCAUCUCUUGGUUUGAAUGAACAAGAACUUACUUUUUUGUCCCAUGCUGCAAACGGACCACAUGGUGAAUAUUUUGAGAAUAUUCAUGGCCAGCCAGAUAUAUAUAAAAUAAGUGAUAUCAUUUUAUGGAUUUUAAAAACUUAUGGCUAUUCCAAAGAAAAUCCUUCCUAUAAGUUAACAAGAGUCCACUUCCAUUGCCUGACUUAUCACAUCAUCGGUAUCCACCCCUCAGCAUGGAAGAACAAUCCAUCAGCAGUUGGAGCUGGCACCAGGAUAGCAGGGAUCCAGGCUUGUGAUGUUGACUCUCCCAAUCCUGACCUUGUGACUCUGAAAUUCCCAAAGCAAUUUAAACUGUUUAGUGGAGACAAGAUGAGAACCUUUAAUGAAAGUCAGCCAAUAAUGAAUUGGACAAAAGAUGGGUUUCACUUUUCUAUUAGUCCAGUGCUAGUUUGUAAGCAACCGCUGAAAACAGUCGGAUUAGGGGAUUCUAUCUCCGCUACAGGACUUAUGUUUUCUGAGUAUGUCCCUAAUUUCAAUAGCUGAUGUUAAAACAAUUUGUAGACCACUUUGACAAUCAGGUAUGGAGUGACUGUAUAUAUGGGAUCAUUAAGGAUAUAUGCAACAUUUCUCAAGGAAAUUUUCGUGACAUUUCGGGUACAAUUCACUUGCAUCCUAUCUUGUUUCUACGAAAAAGAAGGGGGUAUAUUUCCAGGUUUUAUUUUUUAGUUCAAAUAUUUCAGGGCUUGAAACUAACUUUUUAUGUCGCCAGUCCAGCUGGACUGAUAGUCUUUAUUUUCAACAAGUCCGCAGAAAAAUUUAACAGUCCACCAAAGUUUUCCAGAAAUAAUUUAACGUAUUUCAUUAAUGUUAUUAAAAUAAAAUAAUGGGAUUUAACUUGAUAUGCCUCAGACAAUAUUGCAACAUUAAUCAGGUUCGUCUGAUAUCUACUGAGGAAUGCCAAAGGUGGUGUGUUUAAGAUUCGAUAAGUAAGUUUUUCAAAAUGAUGUUUUAGAAAAUUGACCAGUCCCAUCAGACUAACUAAAACAAAUAUCAGUUUGUCCACCAGACUUUUAACCAGUCAGGGACUGAUGGGCAUAUGUUAAUUUCGAGCCCUGUAUUUUGAUAGUUCCUAGUUGUGGCAAGUAAAAAUAUAAAGUAAGCUUUUAUGUAUUACAUAGGGUUGUAUAUAUAUGGACAUCACUUAGUUCUUGUAGCAAAGAAAGGGAGAAAAAUCUUUGUAUGAAUCGGGGAUUGAACCUGGCAUUACAUGUAGAUAGGGGGUCUAACCACUGACUUACCCAGGCCGACAUACCAAGUAUGGUAAUAGGUAUUUAAAAUAUUACUACAACAAUAAAAUUUAAACCUGUUUUGGAAGUCAUACAAAAACUCUUUAUUUAGAAGAAAUGAAAAUAUAAUUUUAGAAAAAAAAUGUCAGAAACAUCGUGUAUGACCUAAAGAGAACAGGAAAGGAUAGAACUUUGGUGCCUUACUACAUAUGUAUGUUUCACCAAGGGAGUUUGUUUUUGAAUGUAUAUAUAUGUUGCAAUAUGAAAUGUAGAGAUUAUCUUUUUAUUUUGGAAAACAGAACAUCUCAUUGAGAGAUGGUUAAAACACUGUCUACCAACUCCUAUCAUUCAAGGGUUUAAGUCAUGAAGAGCUUGUGAAAUUCUAUCUCUAUUACAUGUUUGGCAGUCAGAUGGGUUCGAUCACCGGUGGCCAGAUAGCUCAGUUGGUAGAGCACCUUACUAGAGAUUCGGUGGCCCCGGGUUCGAGUCCCAGUCUGGUCUGUUGCAUUUUCUCUCUUCCUGUUACACAUGUAUGAUUCUUUGGAACUUAGAAUUUCAUUGAUAAUGAUAUCAUAUAAAAUUAUGAUUAUUUUAUUUAAAUCGGCAUGUUCAAAUGAGUUUUGCUCAUCUUCUUGAGCUACGUUAAGGCCAUCUUUAAAAACUUGUUUGCUUGCCCUCUCCCGAGCGACAGGCUAUAUAAAUGGUCAAACUCAAAAAAAAAUUUAACCUCCAGGAAACAAUUAGUUAUUAUUCAUUCUGGCAACUCUCAUCCUGUUAACCUGUAUUUUACUUUCAUUUAUUAAUAGUACCUUUAAAUUUAAUAUAUUUUAAAAAAUUAAAAUUUUCAGGGAAUUUUUUUUUUCAACCUACUGCCCAACCCAAUUUUUUUAAUACUGAGUUGGGAGAGGGCAAACAAACAUUUUAAAGAUAGUCUAAAUGAUAUUCUUAGCACAUAGAGAAUUGUUGAGUAGUUGUGAUCAUUAUAGACUGCUUUCAGUUUCUAAUAAUGGAAGGUCAUAGCAGAAGAACUGGUUUUUGGUGUGACCUUAACACAUAUGAUUUAUGUAUAUAAGGGUACAAGCUUUACAAUUAAAUGAAUGGGCCAUUGAAAAUGUAAUGUGUAACAGUUUAUUACAAAAUAUCAGUGCAUUGUAUUACCUAAAGUAUUAUUGUUUAACUUGCAAUUGAUAUGUUUAUUUUGUUGCAUUUAUUGAUAGAUCAAAAUACAUAAAUGCAAGUUAUUUUCUGGUUCUGAGUCAACAAAACAUAGUUGUGCCAUACACAUGUAUUUGUGUAGGACAUCUAGCUAGUUGUGAAGUUAUUCUACAAAGAUUCAUGUACAAGUCAAUUCAGGGUUUUAUGUUUCUGUUUUCAUUUCUCUGUCUCAUGUCAAGCUGAAAACUUGCUAUUUAGCUUCUUUGAGAGCCAGUCUAGUUUAUUUUGCAAUUUUGAUACAUUUUGGCAUCUCACAGGAGUGUUGCAGCUUUAUUUGAAAUCUACUGCCAUAAUGGGGGUUGGGGUUGCAUUAUUUGUCUGCCUAACUCCUCCCACAUGUUCAAGUGGGGACCUUAUUUUACAAUGUGUUUGUAUGGGUAUCAAAGAUGUGAAAAGGUUUUGAUUGUCUUUAAUUUUUUAGAAAAUUACAAGUUGUGAACUUUGAGUAAGUUUUGAGGAAAUAUUACUUAGACAGUACUAGUAUGUACUAUGUGCAUCUAACUUCUGAUAGAGUUUACAAGUGAGGAUCUUCAUAUUUCACAGUCUUUUUAUGAGUAUUGAAGAUUUGCACAUGGCAGAGAUUUUGAUUUUUCAGUUUUUGAGAGAAUUGUAGGUCGUUGAAUUUUAAAAUAAUACAUUUAAAGCUAGCAUGGUUUGCCCAUUUAACUCCUCUCACUUUUCGAGCUAAGGCCCUUGUAAACGACUUUACCUCCUGUUUUUAUUGCAAAAGUAUGUCACAGCUUGAUCAUGGCUGAUACUACCUUCAGUAAAGCUCUACAAAUCACCCUACAUAAGCUCGUAACGAGUGUAUUAUGUACCGCUUCAGGUCCUCUGUUCCAGUGCAAGAUUCAAGAUACCUUUGAGUUAUUUCCCUCAGAAGCAUAUAAACAGAGACGUGUGUGUGUGUGUGUUAAAGAACUCUUGUACACAGUAAGGUGCGAAACACGUUUGUUUACAUGUGGGAGUGGGACAAAUAUCCUUCACUGCGAUGUGAUCUGUAAGUUUCUCAUAUGCAGUUUCAUCACCCAAAUUCGACUGAUAAACAAACUAAGUAAAUGAUAAACAUUAAAGGAGUAAUUGAAUACAUAGAAUUCUUGUGAUAUCACGUUAUUUCGUUGCUCAUAGGUAUACCCAGGAUGUUGCCUGCAUUUAUGAUUUUACUGUAGUCAAACAUUUAUUUUGAUAGUAUUUACUUUUCUUACAUUUACAUAUUUAAACAGAAUAUAUUUACACAGAAGCCACUUUUGAUACAUUGUAUCAUCUUCCUCACUGACUAUAGGUCCACUCUGACUAAUUCAACUUUUAUCGACACAGAAUGCAAAGGAAUUAUGUUACUUGGGUAAAUUUAUUAAGAAUUCCUUUGAAAUUAGAAAAACCAAUGCAUAAGCACAAUUUCUAUUCUUUCUUUACCUUUAUAUGAUUUUAGAUUAAUGACUUUGUAUACUUUGUCUAUAAGCUGUAUUUGCUUUUGACUAAUAAACAACAACAAAGACUACCCUUGUUCCCGAGGCCUUUCAAUAUUCAAAGAAUGUUCGUUAAAACCAGAUUACGCUCUGUUCCAGUUAGGCAUUCAAAGUUCUAUUAAAUGCACCUACACUUAAGUUCUUGAAUUGACCGUAAUUUUGAUUUACACCACUGUAUCUAUGUUGAGUUGUCCAACGUAAUCAAUAUAUAUAACAAAUAAACAUGUGAUAACCA